AUGUCUGAACUGAGUCAGACAAAAGUCAAAUUACCACGUUCUGAGAAUAUACUACGAAUUGCCUUGUCAAGUAGUUCUUCAUUAAAAGAUGCAUUUUUACAACAACCACGUGAUUUAGAAGUCAAAUCGGGUACAACAGUUUUAAUUCCAUGUAAAACAACAAAUCCAAAAGUCGAAGUUACAUGGUGUAAAAACGACUUUUGUACACUGGGUAAAACAAGAGAUUUACCAUCAUAUCCAAGAUAUGAAAUUACGGGUGAUAUACUUAAAGGUGAACAUCAUUUUCAAAUUGUAAAUGCAUCGUUGCAAGAUAUUGGCACUUAUCAAUGUCAAAUUCGUCCAGGUGCUAAAAAUUUAGGUGCCGUAUCACGAAAAUCAAAACUUAUUGUUUUACAACCACCUGAAAAAGUGUCAAUUGAUAGUCCAUUAGUAUUAGUUGAAAAUAAACAGUCCUACAUCGUUUGUCGAAGUAUCAAAUCAUCUCCCGAAGCCAAACUAAGUUGGAAUUUGCCAAAACAUAUAAAAUAUGUGGCCAAAAAUGAUUAUGCUCAAAUAAUGAACGAAUAUUUAAGAAAUAGUGUUUCUAAUUUAACGGUGAUUGCUGAACGUAGUUGGAAUGAUCAAGAAAUCGAAUGUAUCGCAGAAACAACAGCACUUAAUCAAAAUAUCAUUGCUAAAGAACAAAUUAUUGUUAAUUUUGCUCCAGAUGUUCGUCUUCAUAUUAAGCAAGAGACUCCCAUUAUUGAAAAUACAUUUAUUAAACUUGUGUGUGAAGUUAAUGCAAGACCGCCCGUUUAUCAAUUUAGAUGGUUCAAUGGUUCAACAUUGAUACAAAAUCAGAUAGGAUCGGAGAUGGAAUUAUUCGUUCUGAGAUCAAUGAACAAUGAUGAAAUCACAUGUGAAACACUAAAUACGAUUGGCAAGAAAAACUCUACGUUGAGAUUGGAUGUUGUCUAUAAACCAUUAUUUUACGAGAAAUAUAAUGGUUAUUUUCGUUUGGUAAAUGAAUCAUCCGUAACAUAUCAAACCGUUGACUUAGAAAAAUUGGCAACACUAGAAUGUUUAAUUGACUCGAAUCCAAGAUCAAAAUUAAGUUGGAAGUUUAAUGAUCAACUUCUUCACGGUCAAACUCAAUCACUGUUACAUUUAAAAAAUUUAAAUGAAGAACAAUUAGGAAAUUAUCAGUGUAUCGCUUAUCAUUCAAGAUUUGGCCAAGUUAAACGAACAAUUAAACUCGUGCAAAAAGGUCCUCCAUUGAUUCGCUCUGAACCGUCUCGCGUGGCUCAUGUCGGUCAUGAAACAACAUUGGUGUGUCAACUAUUUUGGCAUCGGGAUGAUAAAUAUUUAGUUGAAGGCAGUUCGAAUACAGGUGACAAAUAUUCUAUCGACGAUAAUCGGCCCACCGAUGAAGAAUCGAUCAUUUAUUCUUUGCAUAUAAAACAAAUAACGCUUAAUGAUGUGGGAAAAUAUAAUUGCACAGCUACCAAUGAUUAUGGAACGACAACCGUACAAUUUAUGCUAGAAGUAUUAGAUACUCAAACAGAACGUUUUCUUUUAUAUGGUUCACUAUUUGCUGGUUUAAUUUUGAUAAUUUUACUUCUGGUAAUGGCAUUUGUUUGUAAAAGACAACGAACAAAUUCAUCAUUGAAUGACUCUCCCAAAGUUCAUGAUGAUACUUCAGAUAAAACUGUCACUGAAUGGUUAAGUUCGAAAUAUACCUAUGAUGAUCUAAGAGAUUCAAAUGUCAAAGAACGUGAAUUAUUAACUGUUGAUAAUCCUCAUACAACCACCGUUUCUACUCCAAAAUUUCAAGUGGGAAGUGACAUAUUUUAUCGAACACCCUCGUCAAAGGGUCAAACUACUCAUAGAACGAACGGAACAUAUUAUAGACAAUAUUACGGUGGUGAUAAUGAGGAUGAACAAUAUGAUUCAAUGCAUGGAGAUAAAUUUUUAUUUUCAACAGUUGUGUGA